AGCCGUGUAAUGUCGAGGAUGCUUUAGAAGAAGAAAAGCCGGAAGUUAGCAAGGCUUUCCAGACAGACGAGAGACGAACCGGACAACGACGACGAUCGAGUGCAAAUUGAGUAAAAAAAAACAAAAAAAACAUUGAAAAUGUUGAAAGAGUUGGUGAAGGAGCGACUAAUGGCGGCGGCUGAUGAAAUAUUCGCGCUGUUUGAAGUAACGAUAGCCUCGUACGAGAAGGAACUUUCUAGAACGAGACAGAAGGAGCGCCAUCGUCAACUGGAAGCAUAUAUUGAAGAUGUCCACCAGCUAUCUGGUGCUCCAGAAAGACGUCCCUCUUUGUCCACCUUGAAGCCGGAGGAUCCGCAGCCCCCCCACAUCAAAGAGGAGGAGGAGGAACAUUGGAUCACUCAAGAGGGAGAUUAUAUUCGAGCGCCGAAGGAAGCUGACCUCACCAAGAUGCCACUGACUGGUGUCUCUGUGAAGACGGAUGAAGACAAACCAACCGAGUCCUCACACCUUCAUCACAGUCCAAGUGAGGAGAACGGAGGGGCGGAGCCUUCAAGCAGCAGCUCAACACAACACAUGACACCCGAAACUGACGGAGACCACUUUGGAGCUCCACUAUCAGACACUGAGGACAUGUCACAAUCUAUGGAGGGUAAGGACUGGGACGACACCAAACAAUCUUUGAGCAGCGAUACAGACUGUGAAGGUGAUAUGACGACUCAAACUAACAAACGCUGUAAAAAAGAGGUGACUGGUACAAAAUCUUUGACGUGCUCAGAUUGUGCGAAGGUAUUUUCUCGUCUGAGUGUUUUUCUUCAACACAUGAGAAUACACACGGGAGAAAAACCCUUUCUUUGUUCAAUAUGUGGCGAAAGAUUUGCUCUGAUGUGGAAUAUGAAGGCGCACAUGAGAAUACACAAAAGGGAAAAACCCUUUAAAUGCUCAGUUUGUGGCCAAACAUUCGCCAUUAAGGCAAACAUGGUAUCACAUAUGAGAACGCACACGGGAGAAAAACCCUUUGUGUGCUUAGUUUGUGUUAAAACAUUUGCUCAUAAGGCAAAUUUGGUCUCGCACAUGAGAACGCACACGGGAGAAAAACCCUUCAUGUGCUCAUUUUGUGCCAAAACGUUCUCUCAUAAGGCGAAUAUGGUUACACACAUGAGAACUCACACCGGAGAAAAACCCUACAAAUGCUCAGUUUGUAGCGACUCAUUUGCUCAAGGGUCCGCUUUAAACAGACACUUGAGAAUACACACAGGAGAAAAACCCUUCCAAUGCUCGGUUUGCGUGAAAACGUUCUCGAGUAAGACAAACAUGCUAACACACAUGAAAACACACGCGAGCGAAAUGAUGCAUCUGCUCAAUGGUCCACUUUAAACGCUCACAGGUGGAAAACCAUUUAAAUGCUCUUUUUGUCGUAGUGUAUUUGCUUGCAAGUCCAUGUCGCAUUAGUCAGUGUUCUGAUGACUUCAAAGCUGAGCUGCAGAAGAGAGCCUCCCUAAUAUAUGAUAUACCGUAUUUUCCGCACCAUAAGCCGCCCUGGGUUAUAAGCCGCGCCUUCAAUGAACGGCAUAUUUCAAAACUUUGUCCACCUAUAAGCCGCCCCGUGUUGUAAGCCGCAUCUAACUGCGCUAAAGGAAUGUCAAAAAAACAGUCAGAUAGGUCAGUCAAACUUUAAUAAUAUAUUAAAAACCAGCGUGAUGUGGGCGCGCAUGGAGUCGUAUAUCAACAUGGACGGAGCUGCGUGAAAAAAGCCACCCGGCCUCUUCGCGUAAACUUACCUUAACCACUCGCUCAUCUUUUCUUCAUCCAUCCAUCCCUUCGAGUUAGCUUUUAUGAUGACGCCGGCUGGAAAGGUCUCUUUUGGCAAGGUCUUCCUUUUGAAUAUCACC